AAUUUCACAUGCAAUAAACUUAGUGCGUUUUUAACAAAAAAAAAAAUCCGUUUCAUUCAAAAAAAGUGAGCUUUUGGGACUCUGUUUUUCAUCGCCAAAUCCAUUAUUGAAACCGUAGCUUGCGAUCUUCCAUUGAUUUUUCGAAAGCGUUUUCGUGCUUUACAGAUUCUUUCAUAGCCAUAGUUUCCUGCAUCUAACCAGAUUUGAGUUUAUUUUGGCAAUGAAGUAAAAUAGAUUUGAGAGGAGAAAAAGUGCCCAAAAUUCAUUGCAUCUAAUGAAUAAUCUAUAGAAGGAGAUGAGGAGAACGUUCUAUUGCAAAAACUCAGUUGCUUUUGUGUUUUCGGUAGUGUUCUUUUGUUGUAUACUGGUGUUGAUCAUUUCGAUGCUCAGAGUUCCGGAUGUUGACACCGGAAACGGAGCAAUGUCCAUUUAUGAUGACACGUCGCUUAAAUCCUCAGGCAAUGACAAAUCGGUCGGUUCAUUCGGGAACAUGAUGAUCGAUAUGUUACCUGAAGAUCUCGCUUUCACCGUUUUUGUCCCUUCAGAAACCGCUUUCGAGCGCGAUCUGAGGUUAAGCGCAAACAAUAGUCUAGUCGAAGAAAAGAUAAAUGACACGUACGUGGUGAUCUCUCGCGUGUUAGGUUUCUCGGCCAUUCCUCGUGUUCUUGAUACGGCUAUGGUACCGAUCGGCGGCGAAGAGGUGUCCUACGAUUCAUUGUCAGGGUUCGAGUUGUUUGUUUCAAAGGAUGCCGGAGGAGUGUUGGUGGUUAAUGGAGUGAAGUCAGAGAGUGUUGAUAUGAAGAGAGGGAAGCUUGUUGUGCAUGUAAUGGAUGGUGUUAUUAUGGAUGCAGAGUUUGAGCAGUCAGUUGAGCCUGAUCUUGAUGGUGAUGAUUGAGGUAAAUGAGUCUUAACAUGAAUAUGUAUUUGGAUGUUAAAAGUCAUAUUUAUUCAUUAGUUAACAUGAAUAUGUAUUUGGAUGUUAAAAGUCAUAUUUAUUCAUUAGGGCAAACUACAAAAAUAGUCACUUUUGUUUGUUUUAGAUUAUAUAUUAAUUAUUUAUAUUUAAAA